AUGGCUGAAAUGGAUGAUUCUAGAAAAAGACUUUUGUUGCUCACAACCAAAAUUCCUUCCGAUGUAUUAUUUGCUCUAUCUCUGCCGAUCUUCUUUACCCGGCAUCCUCAGCAUGAUAGAGGUAACACUGCCCUAAAAAUGUCAGUCAAACUCAAACAGCAAGGCGAAAAUAUCACUUAUUUAGAGUUUUGCAAGCUGUUCGUCGACAUCUACCAAGACCAAAGUGUGUUAAAUAUUUGCAAAGAAAUUUACUCGUCCCAGAUAUCAAAAGGUGGCAGUGAUUUGAAUUACGAGAUAGAUACAUUUUUCCGUCUCGUCGGUGACAAGAUAUACCAGAUGUACUGGAACUGUGACGAAGAUGAGAUGCGCACGACCCGUAUGAAACUAAUGUUUGAAGAAAAUGAAUCGUGUUUAGCAGAAAUUUCGUUAUUGAAUGACGAAAUUGAUAAGAUGGUGAUCGAUCAUAAAGAUAAAGUUCAAGAAUACGAAAUUAAAAAAAAUCAAUUUGACGAACGAGUAGUAAAAAUCUAUCAAGAAGCGCAACUGAAUAAAGUUAGGAUUGAGAGAAAAAACAGAAACGAAAUGUUAAUUAACUUGAUGGAACGUGAGAAAGAAUUGGAUGAUCUUGAAAAAAUAAAUAAAGAAAACAAAAGGAAGUUCAUCGCUUCAAAAGAAAUCAAUAUCGCAGAAACAGAGCAGAUGAAAAAAGAAUUAUUUAGAAAAGAAGAAUUUUUGAAGAUGUUUAGUAACCGUUUCAGUAAAGAUAUGCUGAUGCGGUACAAGAAAAAAAUUGGCCUUGAACAGUCGAUUAAAGAAAAAAAGACCACGGUCCAAACGUUGAAGGAUACUAUUACGGCGAUGUCAACGCACCUUGCGGAACUCCAAGAAGCUGAACGGAUUUAUCUAAAACGUGAGGUGUAUGACAAACUUGACGCGAUACGUGAAAGAAUAGCAUUGCGAACCAUUACAGCAUUUAUCAUGCCUUAUGUAAAACUUAAGUUUAAAUCUAGAAAAAAGAAAACCAAAAGCAAAAAAAUCAAAGGGGCAAAUAAAAAGCCUAUAAAUUAA